GAUGAUGCAUUUCCGCUUCCUCUUGGUCCUGUGGCAUUUGAUUGGACUAGCUUGUUGCGGGGAGGGAGGGGGAAGAUUGUUUGCUGCUAGAGAACUCUGCUCGCUGGAAGGUAAACUGAGCUCCCCAGAGACGCUCAUCCAGCUGCCUGUGCUCAGGCCUAGCCUUUAAUCCAGCUGUCACCACAACCUGGAGGCGCCUGCCUCCACCCUCCCGAAUGGUGCUCCUCUUUAUAGGCCUCGACCCAGGAUCCAGACCCCCUUUACCUCCUGCCUUGGAGCUGUUGCUCCGGAUCUCACCUGGUGGACUCCCAGUUUCAAGGAGGGAAGGACUUUUUUCCAAAGAAGGCCAUCUCUUUAGGAAUCGCACUGACAGUUUGAAUCUCAGUCUCUAACCAGUUGGGAGGUUAUUCCUGUGACCCCUUUUUCUGCUUUUUUGACAAGAGAAAACUUUGAGAGGCCAGGAAGCCCCAAGCUGGGGCCCUGCUCCCAGCAUGUCAAUCCUCUCUUGUGCAUAGGGCUCUGCCCUCUCUUGGUAGGCAUGGCUGAGCUCAGGCAGGUUCCAGGUGGGCGGGAGACCCCACAGGGAGAGCUUCGGCCUGAGGUUGUAGAGGAUGAAGUUCCUAGGAACCCAGUUGCAGAGGAGCCUGGAGGAGGUGGAAGCAACAGCACUGAAUCCAAAUUAUCCCCAAGAGAGGAAGAAGAACUGGAUCCUAGAAUACAGGAGGAGUUGGAACAUCUGAACCAGGCCAGCGAGGAGAUCAACCAGGUGGAGCUACAGCUGGAUGAGGCCCGAACUACCUAUAGAAGAAUCCUGCAGGAGUCAGCAAGGAAGCUCAACACACAGGGCUCCCACUUGGGGAGCUGCAUCGAGAAGGCCCGGCCGUACUAUGAGGCGCGCAGGCUUGCUAAGGAGGCCCAGCAGGAGACCCAGAAGGCUGCACUGCGGUACGAGCGGGCUGUGAGCAUGCACAACGCUGCCCGGGAGAUGGUGUUUGUGGCCGAGCAGGGCGUCAUGGCUGACAAGAACCAACUGGACCCUACGUGGCAGGAGAUGCUCAACCACGCUACCUGCAAGGUGAAUGAGGCAGAAGAGGAGCGGCUGCGUGGCGAGCGAGAGCACCAGCGGGUGACACGGCUGUGCCAGCAGGCCGAGGCUCGGGUCCAGGCUCUGCAGAAGACCCUCCGACGGGCCAUCGGCAAGAGCCGCCCCUACUUUGAGCUUAAGGCCCAGUUCAGCCAAAUCCUGGAGGAACACAAGGCCAAGGUGACAGAACUGGAUCAGCAGGUGGCCCAGGCCAAGACCUGCUACUCAGUUGCCCUGCGGAACCUGGAACAGAUCAGCGAGCAGAUUCAUGCCCGACGCAGGGGCUUGCCAGCCCACACCUUGGGUCCACGUCGAUCCUCCCCUGUUGGGGCUGAGGCUGGCCUGGAAGGCAAAGACGGGGACAGUGGGAUUGAGGGUGCCGAGGGUGGGGGGCUGGAUGAAGGAGGCAGCUUGGGGCCUGGCCCCGCCCCUGACACGGACACACUAAGUCUGCUGAGCCUGCGCACCGUGGCCUCGGACCUGCAAAAGUGUGACUCGGUUGAACACCUGCGGGGCCUUUCGGACCACGCCAGCUUGGAUGACCAGGAGCUGGGGCCCAGAAGUGGGGGGCGCCGAGGAAGCGACGGUGGGGCUCGUGGGGGCCGCCACCAGCGCAGUGUCAGCCUGUAG